UCCGUAUUGUCUCAGGCUCCACUGGAAAUGCAGCAAGGAUUCCUAGCACAUCCCAGUUGCCAUAGCAACAGCAGUCUUUCCCAUAAUGAGCUGCAUCAUCUGAACUGAUGUCACAGCAUCAUGCAGCAGGUCAAACAAGGCAUCUCCUAGUAUUGCAUCCUACAGAUGUGCUGUAAACAUCAAAAGAAGACGGUGGAAGCAGGAGAUGCUGUUUUGGAAAGAAGUAAGGUUUAGACUUCUCCAUGUUAACCAUGAGCGUGACACUUUCCCCCCUGAGGUCACAGGACCUGGAUCCCAUGGCUACUGAUGCUUCACCCAUGGCCAUCAACUUGACACCCACAGUGGAGCAGGGUGAGGGGGAAGAGGCCAUGAAGGACAUGGAUUCUGACCAGCAGUAUGAAAAGCCACCCCCGCUGCACACAGGGGCUGACUGGAAGAUUGUCCUCCACUUACCUGAGAUCGAGACCUGGCUCCGGAUGACCUCAGAAAGGGUCCGGGACCUAACCUAUUCAGUCCAGCAGGACUCAGACAGCAAGCAUGUGGAUGUGCAUCUCGUUCAACUAAAGGACAUAUGUGAAGAUAUUUCUGAUCAUGUUGAACAAAUCCAUGCUCUCCUUGAAACGGAGUUCUCCCUGAAGCUGCUGUCCUACUCCGUCAACGUGAUUGUGGACAUCCACGCAGUGCAGCUCCUCUGGCACCAGCUCCGAGUCUCAGUGCUGGUUCUGCGGGAGCGCAUUCUGCAAGGUCUGCAGGACGCCAAUGGCAACUACACCAGGCAGACGGACAUUCUGCAGGCUUUCUCCGAAGAGACAAAGGAGGGCCGGCUUGAUGCUCUAACGGAAGUGGAUGACUCAGGACAGUUAACUAUCAAAUGCUCUCAAAAUUACUUGUCUCUGGAUUGUGGUAUUACUGCUUUCGAACUGUCUGACUAUAGUCCAAGUGAGGAUUUGCUCAGUGGCUUGGGUGAUAUGACCUCCAGCCAGGUCAAAACCAAACCUUUUGACUCUUGGAGCUACAGUGAGAUGGAAAAGGAGUUCCCUGAGCUUAUCCGAAGUGUUGGGUUACUGACGGUGUCUACUGACCCCAUCCCUUCCAACUGCAGCGAAGCAGUUGGUGAGGAGGCAUCUCAAGUAUCUCUUUCAGCAGAUGACAGAGGUGGAUGUGAGGAAAACAAUGCAUCCGCAGUCGAGGAGCAGUCAGGCUUGAUGCAGGAGCUGUCAUCUUCAGGGGAAGCUCUGAAAAAGGGUGCUCCACCCUCUGUGGAGACUGUGAAGCAAGAUUCUGUUUCCUCCUCCCAACUUGGGGCAAAGAAUCAACAGCCUCUUCCUUGUGAAAAUGCAACCCCCAAGAGAUCCAUCAGAGAUUGCUUUAAUUAUAACGAGGACUCUCCCACACAGCCCACAUUGCCAAAAAGAGGGCUCUUCCUUAAAGAGGAGACUUUAAAGAAUAAUCUUAAAGGCACUAGUGUAAAGAAGCAGAUGGUUGAUCUCAAGCCUGAGAUGAGCAGAAGCACCCCUUCCCUGGUGGACCCUCCUGACAGAUCCAAGCUUUGCCUGGUCUUACAGUCUCCUUACCCCAACAGCCCUUCUGCUGCCAGCCAGUCCUAUGAGUGUUUGCAUAAGAUGGGGGUUGAGAACCUUGAAAACACAGUCAAAAGUUACAUUAAGGAGAUCUCCUCCAGCCUGGGGAGGCUUAACAACUGCCAUAAAGAGAAACCUCCACUUAAAAAGCCGCACAAGACCCCCAAAGAGGUGCCUCCAUGCCAAACUCCUAAACGGGAACCCAAUUCAGGCAAGCAAGCCAAAAACAUGAGGAGCUCAGUAGUGCUGAAUGGAAUUCCUUCUUGUCCUUCCAAGGCCACGGAGGGGCCAGAAACAGAUUCUGCUUCCACAUCCUCACUUGAGCCGUGUAACCAGAGUAGCUGGAAUGCCAAGGUGCCGGUCCGGUCCGAAACAUCCAGUUCCCCACCCUUUACUCAAAGCAGUGAAUCCUCUGUUGGCUCCGACAACAUCACGUCUCCGGAACCCUUCCUCUCAGAACACAAAGGCAAAAAAAGCCUCUCCUCCUCCCCAAGUCACGUCACCAGGAAUGGUCAGGUUGUGGAGGCCUGGUAUGGCUCUGAUGAGUACCUGGCACUGCCCUCUCACCUUAAGCAGACAGAAGUAUUAGCCUUGAAGCUGGAAAACCUAACAAAACUUCUGCCUCAGAAGCCCAGAGGAGAAACCCUUCAGAAUAUUGAUGACUGGGAACUGUCUGAAAUGAAUUCAGAUUCUGAAAUCUAUCCAACGUAUCAUGUCAAGAAGAAGCACAUGAGGCUAGGCAGGGUGUCUCCAAGCUCAUCCAGUGACAUAGCCUCUUCGCUCGGGGAGAGCAUUGAAUCUGGCCCCCUGAGCGACCUUCUUUCUGACGAGGAAUUGGGUCUGCCUCUCUCUGGCAUGAAGAGAUACACUGACGAGAAGUCAGAGAGAGCAUCAUCCUCUGAAAAAAAAGAGAGCCAUUCUGCUACCAAGUCUGCUUUAAUUCAGAAACUGAUGCAAGAUAUUCAACACCAAGACAACUAUGAAGCCAUAUGGGAAAAAAUAGAGGGGUUUGUAAACAAGCUGGAUGAAUUUAUUCAAUGGUUGAAUGAAGCCAUGGAAACCACUGAGAAUUGGACACCUCCUAAAGCAGAGACGGAUGGCCUUAAACUGUACCUGGAGACACACUUGAGCUUUAAGUUGAAUGUAGACAGCCAUUGUGCUCUCAAGGAAGCUGUGGAGGAAGAAGGACACCAACUUCUCGAGCUUAUUGCAUCUCACAAAGCAGGACUGAAGGACAUGCUGCGGAUGAUUGCAAGUCAAUGGAAGGAGCUGCAGAGGCAAAUCAAACGGCAACACAGCUGGAUUCUCAGGGCUCUGGAUACCAUCAAAGCCGAGAUUCUGGCCACUGAUGUGUCUGUGGAGGGUGAGGAAGGGACUGAAAGCCCCAAGGCUGAGGUUCAACUAUGCUACCUGGAAGCACAAAGAGAUGCUGUUGAGCAGAUGUCCCUCAAGCUGUACAGCGAGCAGUACACCAGCAGCAGCAAGAGGAAGGAAGAGUUUGCUGAUAUGUCAAAAGUUCAUUCAGUAGGAGGCAAUGGGCUUCUGGACUUUGAUUCAGAAUAUCAGGAGCUCUGGGAUUGGCUGAUUGACAUGGAGUCCCUCGUGAUGGACAGCCACGACCUGAUGAUGUCAGAGGAGCAGCAGCAGCAUCUUUACAAGCGAUACAGUGUGGAAAUGUCCAUCAGGGACCUGAAAAAGACGGAGCUGCUUAGUAAGGUUGAAGCUUUGAAGAAAGGUGGCGUUUUACUACCAAAUGAUCUCCUUGAAAAAGUGGAUUCAAUUAAUGAAAAAUGGGAACUGCUUGGGAAAACCCUAGGAGAGAAGAUCCAAGACACAAUGGCAGGGCACAGUGGGUCAGGUCCACGUGACCUGCUCUCUCCUGAAAGCGGAAGCCUGGUGAGGCAGCUGGAGGUCAGGAUCAAAGAACUGAAAGGGUGGCUAAGAGAUACAGAGCUUUUCAUCUUCAAUUCCUGUCUGAGACAAGAAAAGGAAGGAACAAUGAAUGCUGAGAAACAACUGCAAUACUUUAAGUCCCUCUGUUGUGAAAUCAAGCAGCGACGUCGUGGCGUGGCCUCCAUCCUGCGAUUAUGCCAGCAUCUUCUGGAUGACCGAGAGACCUGCAAUGUGAACCCAGACCACCAGCCCAUGCAGCUGAUCAUUGUGAAUCUUGAACGGAGGUGGGAAGCCAUUGUCAUGCAAGCUGUCCAGUGGCAAACACGGCUACAAAAGAAGAUGGGAAAGGAAUCUGAGACCUUGAAUGUGAUUGAUCCUGGCUAUAUGGACCUAAAUGGGACAAGUGAGGAUGCCCUGGAAUGGGAUGAAACUGACAUAAGUAACAAGUUAAUUAGUUUGAAUGAGGAAUCAAAUGACCUCGAUCAAGAGUCCCAACCUGUCAUGCCUUCCUUAAAGCUUGAAGAGACAGGCAGUGAGGACCCCAGUUAUGAAGGAGAGGCUGGUGACCACGGAGCAGCUCAAUAUGCAUCAAGCAUCACUGCCCCAUCAAGUCCACACAUUUACCAAGUCUAUAGCCUCCACAAUGUUGAACUCUAUGAAGACAACCACAUCCCAUUCCUGAAAAACAAUCCAAAGUUCACUGGCAUGACACAGCCCAGUGUCUUAACCAAGAGUCUCAGCAAAGACUCUUCAUUUUCAUCUACCAAAUCUUUGCCAGAUCUUCUAGGGGGUUCCAAUUUGGUGAAGCCCUGCCCAUGCCACGGAGGAGACAUGAGCCAAAAUUCUGGCAGUGAGAGUGGAAUUGUCAGUGAAGGAGACACUGAAACCACUACCAACUCUGAAAUGUGCUUGCUCAAUGUGGUAGAUGGGUCCCCAAGUAACCCUGAAACCGAACAUCUGGACCCACAAAUGGGAGAUGCAGUUAACAUGUUAAAGCAGAAAUUUAAAGAGGAGGGGGAUCAAAUUAAGCUUCCAAAUAGCUCUCAGUUAUCCAUUUCACCAGUGAGUUGUGUAAAUGGAAAAGUUGAAGAUUUAAACAGUGUUACCAAACAUACCCCUGAUUGUUUGGGAGACGAAUUACAAGGAAAACAUGAUGUGUUUACAUUUUAUGAUUAUUCAUACCUCCAAGGCUCAAAACUCAGAUUACCAAUGAUAAUGAAACAGUCACAAAAUGAAAAGGGACACGUGGAGGAUCCCCUGCUUCAUGGUUUUUAUUUUGAUAAAAAGUCCUGCAAAUCUAAACAUCAGGCUACAGAGUUACAACCAGAUGCACCUCCACAUGAAAGGAUUUUGGCAAGUGCAGCCCAUGAAAUGGAUCGCAAUUCAUAUAAAAGUGGUGAGGUAGAGAAGACAUUGACUGGCAUGCAGAAUGCCAGACAGCUCUCCCUUUUAUCUCAUAGCUCAUCUAUUGAGUCUCUUUCUCCAGGGGGUGACUUAUUUGCAUUGGGCAUCUUUAAAAAUGGCACUGACAGCCUCCAGCGAAGUACUUCUUUAGAAAGUUGGUUGACCUCUUAUAAAAGCAAUGAAGAUCUUUUUAGCUGUCACAGCUCUGGGGACAUAAGUGUGAGCAGUGGCUCAGUUGGUGAACUGAGUAAAAGAACAUUAGAUCUCCUGAAUCGUUUGGAGAAUAUCCAGAGCCCUUCAGAGCAAAAGAUAAAGCGAAGUGUUUCCGAUAUCACCCUUCAAAGCAGUUCCCAAAAGAUGUCCUUUACUGGCCAGCUGUCAUUGGACAUAGCAUCUUCUAUCAAUGAAGACUCGCCAGCAUCUCUUACAGAACUUAGCAGCAGUGACGAGCUCUCUCUUUGCUCAGAGGAUAUUGUGUUACACAAGAACAAGAUCCCGGAAUCGAAUGCAUCAUUCAGGAAGCGCCUGACUCGGUCGGUGGCUGAUGAAAGUGAUGUCAAUGUCAGCAUGAUUGUUAAUGUCUCUUGCACCUCUGCUUGCACUGAUGAUGAAGAUGACAGUGACCUCCUCUCCAGCUCUACCCUCACCUUGACAGAAGAGGAGCUCUGCAUCAAAGAUGAGGAUGAUGACUCCAGUAUCGCCACAGAUGAUGAAAUUUAUGAAGAAUGCAACUUGAUAUCAGGGCUGGACUAUAUCAAGAAUGAGCUGCAGACCUGGAUUAGACCAAAGUUCUCCUUGACAAGAGAUAAGAGAAGGUGCAGUGUCAGCGAUGAAAUAAGGGGCAGUAAAGAUGUAAGUAGUAGUGAGAUGACCGAUUCCUCAGAUACCCUGAACAUUGAGGCCCUUCUGAAUGGCUCCAUAAAACAUCUCUCUGAAAAUAAUGGAAAUGGGAAGAAUUUACUCCACACCCGCGAGUUAGGGACAAAGGGCGAAAAUAAGAAAAAUAUUUUCAAAGUUAAUAAAGAUCCAUAUGUGGCAGACAUGGAAAAUGGAAAUAUUGAAAGUACUUCAGAAAGGCAGGACAAAAUGAAUGAGAUUCCAAAGGAAUCAGAAAAUCUUGGUUCAACUGGGAAGAGGAUUCCGGAGAGUGAGCAUUGUAAGUGCAAAGCAUUUAUGGGCAGCUCAGAUGAUUCAAAUAUUGCCAUAAAGGACUCUCUUCCCCAAACUAUUAGACACCUUCCAAAGAAAGGUCAAAAGUACCACCAUUUUGAAAAUCAAAGUACUGCUUCUACUCCCACCGAGAAGUCUUAUCCAGAACUGCCUUCGAAAACCAGUGCUAUCAACAGACAAGACGCUGAUGUACUGAAAUCUUCAUCCACUGAUGCACCAAAUGUGGCUGAAAAAUCUGCUGAUUGCUGCCUAGCAGUUGAACAGAAUGAAACAGAGGGAAAUGUUUCCACUGGUGACCACUUUUCCUGUUGUGACUGUGAGCCAGAUGUUUUCCAUCAAAAAGAUGCUGAGGAUGGUUCCGUACACGACUUUGUUAAGGAAAUCAUUGACAUGGCUUCAACGGCCCUCAAAUGUAAAUCUCAACCUGAAAAUGAGGUGGCGGCUCCCACUUCAUUAACUCAAAUCAAGGAGAAGGUAUUAGAACAUUCUCAUCGGCCUAUCCAGCUGAGAAAAGGAGACUUUUAUUCCUACUUAUCUCUCUCAUCUCAUGACAGUGAUUGCGGCGAGGUCACCAGUUACGUAGAGGAGAAGAGCAACACUCCAUUGCCACCGGACAUGACCGACUCUGGCUCAGAAGACAAGGAAGACACUGAAUGCUUCUUCGAGGCCUGUGUUGAGGACAAUCCUGAUGAAGACAAACCCUGUUUCUCCAGUGCUCCUCCAAAUGAAACCGCAGUUCCUGGUGAAGCUCCAGGGCCACUACAAGCAGCAGCAGGCUCUUCCGAGUUCAGUAAUACACCUCUCCUAGCUGAUCAUGCAGACAUGGUGGCUCUUUCAAGUGCUCCCCUUCCACAAGGAGGUGGGGUUGGACAGGAAGUGGAUGGUGCCCCCCAAGCUUCUAAUGUCUGCGGAAAAAGCUCAGAGUUAACUACUCCUUCAAGGAUAGGCAGUGAAAAGGAGAGUUCAGAAAAUCCAGGUGAGUCUGGAAUGCCAGAAGAACAUAAUGCUUCUUCAACCAGAUCUGGAGUUCCAGAACUCUCCUCGAAGGCACAGCAGCCAAAAGAUAAGGCUGCAGUGCAUCCUGACCCCCAAACUCUAACCUGUGAAGAAAAUCUUCUAGACCUUCAUGAAGAACGACAUAGAAAUAUGCAUAGGUAGAGCGUAACCCUCUCCAAGCAUGAAACUCAUCUCAUUGAAAGAUAAGCCUGGCUGCAACUCAGGGGUGGCCUUAUGCUCCCACCCUGGGCUGGUCUUCGGUUCCAUCACGUCACUGCCAUUUGUUACACUGACCUCUCCCACAACGAGUCUUUCUUCUAAAUGCGGUUGUCCACAUGAGCCUUGUGAUCUGGAUGUGUGCACUGGUUCUCUUUAGGUGAUUGUCUUUGAAGUUCAGCAAAGCUGCUUGUUCUCCCAUGAAUUCCUGUCCCAAGCUACCUCUACCGACCCCACCUCUCCAGCAAGACUUUUUAGUUUGCCUUCUCCCCUCCCCCUCUACUCUUUAAAAUUCUGCAGUUCACCAAAUUGAUGGUCCAUUAAAUUCACCUGUCUGGAAUGACCCCCCCUGCUGGUACUUGACCAAUUUCGUGUAUCAAUCUGGAUUUUUUUUUAUGGUAUGAUGCCUAUGUUUAUGGAAAGAGGUGUAUCUAAAAGGCCAAUAUUUGAUUUUACUGCAGCAUAGAGAAGAAACACUGGUCCUUCUUUCAAAAUUAAGCAACUUUUAAAAGCGCCACUUUAUUUCAUUUUAAAGAUAAUAAUCUAUGCAGCACUUCAGGAAACAACUAUAUAGUGUUGUAUAUUAUAAACUGGUGACAUUCUACUAUUAAAUUAUGUACAACAUUUUUUGUUUUUUAUGCUUCUUGAGGUGGUAAUGAGAAAAAAGUUUUUUAAAAAAGUGUGCCUUGCUGUAUUUCUUAUACCAUUUAUUAAAAAGCUGCUUUCAUGGUAAAAUUAUGUUGGUUUGAAAGGAGGAAAUAGCAAGGUUAAGAGGUGUGAAUAAUCUCUGUAUAUAUGUAUAACCAAGUACAAACAUUGAUGUAUAAUGACAGUAUAAAAUGCUUUCAUGUUUGUGAUGUCUAGUGAUGUGGAAAAUAUAAGCCUUAAAUCCAUUAGAUUGCAUGGUAAUUAAAAUUGGCAUAAUAAACAUAGUUUAUUGGGGGAAAAGGAAAAUUA